UCUCCUUUGAAGCCUGCUCAUCUUCAAUUCUCUGCUCAAAGUUGACCACCAAUACCACCGCAAAAAUGAUGACAUCCAGGAAGGCAUACUCAGUAUCAAGCUCUGGCGGCAGCACCAGGAGGUCCCUUGCUGGACCAGGAAGCAGCUACUCCAUCAAAACUAGAACCAGUUACGGUGUUGGUUCAGGUGCUGGCGGUGCUGGUUUUGGUGCUGGUGCUGGUUAUGGCUCAGGUUCCGGUUAUAGUAUGUCUUCCAUGGGUGGUGGUUUUGGUGCUGGAGCAGGCGGUUUCGUGGCUGCACCGAUCACCGCCGUCCAAGUCAACCAGAGCCUGCUGGCCCCCCUGAAUCUAGAGAUUGACCCCACCAUCCAGGCUGUCCGCACCCAGGAGAAGGAGCAGAUCAAGACCCUCAACAACCGAUUUGCCUCCUUCAUUGACAAGGUACGUUUCCUUGAGCAGCAGAACAAGAUGCUGGAGACCAAAUGGAGCCUCUUGCAGGAACAGACCACCACCCGCUCCAACAUCGACAGCAUGUUCGAGGCCUACAUCGGCAACCUGCGCAGACAGCUCGACGGACUGGGCAAUGAGAAGAUGAAGCUGGAGGGAGAGCUGAGGAACAUGCAGGGACUGGUUGAGGACUUCAAGAGGAAGUACGAAGAUGAAAUCAACAAACGUGCAGGUGCAGAGAACGAGUUUGUCCUCCUAAAGAAGGAUGUUGAUGCUGCCUACAUGAACAAGGUUGAGCUGGAGGCCAGGUGUGAUGCUCUUCAGGAUGAGAUCAACUUCCUCAGGGCCGUCUAUGAGGCUGAGCUUCGUGAGCUGCAGUCCCAGAUCAAGGAUACAUCUGUCAUUGUGGAGAUGGACAACAGCCGUAACCUCGACAUGGAUUCUAUUGUGGCUGAAGUGCGUGCUCAGUAUGAGGACAUUGCCAACCGCAGCAAGGCUGAGGCAGAGACCUGGUACAAACAGAAGUAUGAGGAGAUACAGACCUCUGCUGGACAGUAUGGUGAGGACCUUCGCUCAACCAAGGCUGAGAUUUCCGAGCUGAAUCGCAUGAUUGCCCGUCUUCAGAAUGAGAUCGAGGCCGUCAAGGGACAGAGGGCCAGCCUUGAGGCUCAGAUUGCAGAGGCUGAGGAGCGUGGUGAGCUGGCAGUGAAGGAUGCCAAGCUCCGCAUCAAAGACCUGGAAGACGCUCUGCAGAGAGCCAAGCAGGAUAUGGCCCGCCAGGUGCGCGAAUACCAGGAGCUGAUGAAUGUCAAGCUGGCCCUGGACAUUGAAAUCGCCACCUACAGGAAACUGCUGGAAGGAGAGGAGUGCAGACUGGCCAGUGGAGGCUCCAGCGCAACCGUCCAUGUGCAGCAGACUUCUGGAGGAGGUGCAUUCACCAGCUCCAGCGGUGGAAUGGGCUAUUCUGGCGGCUAUGGUGGUUCUGGCUAUGGCGGCUCUGGCUAUGGCGGCUCUGUCACCAAGUCCACAGUCUCCUCAACCAGCAGCUCAAGGAGAUUAUAUUAAAAAGGAAAACAGUCUCUCUUCCCCCUCAGAAACUCUUGAAUAUGUCCUUUCAUGGUGCUAUGUAAUAUCAUGAAGUGUGUUGUUCAUCAAGAGUUGAAGAUCCCAAAAAUCUGUGAUUCCAUAAAUCAUGUCUGAUUAAAUACCCAUUGGAUUGUGUUACACUGCCACCACUAUCAAGACCCACUGGGUGUUUUUUCUUAUUCUGUACUGUUCCACAUAAUUUAUCAAGAGUUUCUGAAGGUAAUCACAGCCUUAAACACACAAGAGCCAGGUCAGUUAGCAAGACAACAUGUGUUUUCUUUCUGCAAUGAAAGAAAAUGAGCAAUCCAAGAAGUUAGAAAAACGAAAAACAAAGGCCUUAACCACUUAAGGCCUUAAGGAGUGUUAAAACUAA